AACAGACACCAGAGACCUAUCAUAUCAUCUCGAUGGGUUUCCAGAUUGACACCAUCAAGGCCGGCGACGGCACCAACUUCCCCAAGCCGGGUCAGACCGUGUCCGUACACUACGUGGGCACGCUAACCGACGGCUCCAAGUUCGACUCAAGCCGCGACCGCGGCCGUCCUUUCCAGUUCCAGCUCGGCGCCGGCCAGGUGAUCCGCGGCUGGGAUGAGGGCGUCGCCAAGAUGAGCAAGGGUCAGGUCGCCAAGCUCACGCUCCCCCACGAAUACGCCUACGGCGAGCGCGGCUACCCGCCUGUGAUCCCGCCCAAGGCCACGCUCGUCUUCGAGGUGGAGCUGCUGUCCUUCAACUAGAUAGCUCUAUCUCCCUCCUUAUGGGCUGAACCCUUGAGACUGUAGUUCAUUAAGCUGGUAGCUGUAAGCAGGAGCCAAGAGCCAAAAUACUAUCAUUCCCGCGACGCA